AUGACUGAAGAGAAGAAGAAACCCAAAGAACAAAAGAAGCCCAGACCACCAAGAUUACCUAUUGGUCUUGUUCCACCAGACUUAGCCAUACGAUUAAGUUUAACCAGACCACUAAUAGAUGCUGUACCUAGAGAUAUCGAUUCACCACCCAAACUAUUACCAAUAAGAAAUUUAAGAGAAGAAUAUGAAUAUUUACAGCAUUUAGGACAUGGAAGUUUUGGGGAUGUUAAUGAUGCAAGAAAUAAUGUCAAAACAGGCCUUGUUGCCAUUAAAACCAUGAUGAGAAGACUGGAUACUAUAUAUUCAUAUUUAAGAUUAAAAGAAUUACAAUUCAUUAUUUCAAUCCCAUCCCAUCCAAGUUUGGUUCAAGUUUUUGAUAUGGUAAUCGAUGAUUAUGCUUUUGAACUUCAUAUAGUAAUGGAAUGUAUGAAUCAAAAUUUAUAUCAAUUUAUGAGAACAAGAGUUUAUAAAUUCUCUUCUGGAAGUGUUAAAAGUAUUUUAACUCAAUUAUUGGGAGCUAUAAAUCAUAUUCAUGAACAUGGUUAUUUUCAUAGAGAUGUUAAACCAGAAAAUAUAUUAAUAAUUUCUGCCAUAGAUUAUUAUGGUAGUAGAGAAGCUAUACCACAACAUCGAGCAAAUGAUAAUUAUGUGGUAAAGUUAGCUGAUUAUGGAUUAGCCAGAAGUAUAUAUACUACCGGGAAUUAUACAGCUUAUGUGGCAACUAGAUGGUAUAGAGCUCCUGAAAUUCUUUUAAGACGAGAAAUACAUUCUCAACCAGUUGAUAUUUGGUCUUUUGGAGUUAUUGCCAUUGAGUUAGCAAAUUUUACACCCAUGGUAACAGGCGAUGAUGAGCUUGAUCAAUUAAAUAAAACUAUUGCUAUAAUUGGAUCUCCUAUACCACCACCAUAUGAUCAUUAUCAUCCUAAUGUUUAUUAUCCAUUAGGAGGUUAUUGGAAAGAAGCUCAAUAUCUUGCCGAAAAGUUGAAACUUAAAAUCCCUCUUACAUCUGGUAUAUCUAUAUAUGAACUUCUACCUGAUCCAAAUUAUGCUGAUAUUAAUGAUUUGGUUCGUUUAUGUAUUACUUGGGAUCCAGAAAGAAGAGCAUCUAGUUCAAUGUUAUGUGAUUUACCAUAC